AUGGCAGGUUAUAGCCGUCGCGGCCAGCCCGUCAACGUGUCCCAGUUGCUGCAGGACCUGAACCGCGUCCCAGAGCCGGCGCCGCAGCCCGAGGAGCACCUCCGCAGCCUCGACGAUGAGCUGGCUAUGUUCACCAACACGAAUUUCAUUGAUUGGGAUGCCGGACACAACCGUAGCAAUGGUCCCCAACAGCCGCCGCCUGUCGCUGUCGAGGCUGAGACACCGUCAUCCACGACCACCUCGCCUACUGAGGCCGUCUCCUCCGAGUCGAUGGCAGGAGCAGAAAUACCAGGUUUCGAUUUCAAUUUGGGAGGCGACUUCAAUGGCUUCGAUUUCCACCCAUAUUCGACGCCGAAUGUCUCCGCGUUUUCGGACAACCUGAACUUGCAGCCUAUCCAGCCCUCGCCCACAUUUCCACCCAACGGGGCCCAGCAAAAUGCUUUCGGCCCACAACUGCACGCGUCUGGAGAGAAAGGGAAACCCGAUGCCGCCCCUGUUCCGUCACGUCGGCAGCUGUCUUUCGAGGAACAAUCACGAUUCGCCGCCGAGGAGGACAAGCGGAGGCGGAACACGGCUGCCAGCGCCCGGUUCCGAGUUAAGAAGAAGGCUCGUGAGCAGGCAUUGGAGAAGCGCGAGAAGGAUCUUGCCGACAAAGUCUCUUCGCUCGAGGGUCGGAUUCAAUCACUGGAAACCGAGAAUAAGUGGCUACGAGAACUUGUUAUGGAGAAGACUGGUGGCAGCGAGUCGAUAGUCAAGGCACUACUUGACAAGCGAUCUACCGGCAAGCCAUCGUCGACGUCGAAAGAUUCGUCCGAGGGCAAGUCGAAAGAGAAGGCCGACGUCAACGCAUGA